UACAGAGGAAAAGACAACAACAAAAUACAUGAAGAUAUUGUUAGAGAUUUGAAGAAGAUGUUGGACGAUAACAACGUGUUGGUCAAGGCAUUUCGAAUGGUUCGGGAGUCUAUAGGACCUGACUACACAUCCACAGUGAAGUUGAGGUUGUUUGGCAAACGGGGUAAAGAUGGUAGGCGAUAUAACCUACCAUCCACUAAUGAGGUUGCUGCGCUGAUAGUAGGCGACUUUGAUUUUACCAAAACUGAUAGAGACAUUGUGGUUGAAACACAUAGUGGGAGGCUACAACGAAUUAAUCAGCUAAAUCCAGCCUAUUUGGCAUUGCAGUACCCUUUAUUGUUUCCAUAUGGAGAGGAUGGAUUCAAGGAAGACAUUCCUCUAAAUAAAAAAAGUGGUAAAGAAGAUAAGGGUAGGCAAGAGGUCUCAAUGAAGGAUUUUUUUGCGUUCAGGAUCCGAGAAAGGCUAGCCGAUGCAUCUCCAUUGCUCUAUUCAAGAAGGUUAUUUCAGCAAUUCUUGGUAGACGGAUUCUCCAUGAUUGAGUCAGCCAGACUAAAUUACAUUCGGCUUGAUCAAGAAAAGUUUAGGUGUGAAAUGUACAAGGGCUUAUCCGAAGCAGUGUUAAGUGGGGAAACUAGACCUGCGUCAAGAGGAAAACGUAUCAUCCUGCCUUCUUCAUUCACGGGAGGGCCUAGGUACAUGAUACAGAACUACCAAGAUGCAAUGGCGAUUUGCAGGGUGGUUGGCUAUCCAGACCUUUUUCUUACAUUCACAUGUAAUCCGAAAUGGCCUGAAUUAGAAGAUUUUCUUAAGAAUAGAGAACUACAUGCAGAAGACCGACCAGACAUGGUAUGUAGAGCUUUCAAAGUUAAGUUGGACAAACUUAUCCAAGACAUCAGAAAGAACCAAAUAUUUGGGCGCGUUAGUGCAGUUGUGUAUACAAUCGAGUUUCAGAAGCGCGGUCUCCCUCAUGCACAUAUUCUGUUGUUUCUACAUCAUGAUGACAAGUUUCCAACGGGAGAAGACAUAGACCGGAUCAUAAGUGCUGAGAUACCCGACAAGGUCAACGAUCCACUAUAUUACGAAGCAGUGGAAAAGCACAUGAUGCAUGGUCCAUGUGGUAGUUUUAGGAAAGAUUCACCAUGCAUGGAAAAUGGUCAAUGCAUGAGGCACUUUCCUAAGAGAUUUGUUGCGAGUACUACUAUUGAUGAAGACGGUUAUCCGGUUUAUAGGCGCAGGGAUGAUGGCAAAAUAAUAACCAAAUCAGGUGUGGAACUUGACAAUCGAUAUGUCGUGCCUCACAAUAGGAAGUUAUUAUUGAAAUAUGGUGCUCACAUAAAUGUUGAAUGGUGUAACCAGUCAAGAUCGAUUAAGUAUCUAUUUAAAUACGUCAAUAAAGGCCACGACCGUGUAACAGCUUCAUUUUACAAAAGUGCCACAAGUGAUGCGGAUAAUGAUCAGUGUGAUGAAGUUAGUAUGUAUUAUGAUUGUAGGUACAUAUCCCCGUGUGAAGCUGCAUGGAGAAUUUUCGGGUAUAGCAUUCAUUAUAGGAACCCUUCUGUGGUAAGGCUAGGCUUUCACCUUCCUGGUGAACAACCAGUGAUAUUCAAAGACGAUGAAAACCUGGAUGACGUUGCUAGGAAAGAGUCUGUGAAAGAAUCCAUGUUCUUAGGAUGGUUCGAGGCAAACAAAAAAUACCCUGAAGCUCGAUCUUUGACGUAUGUGGAAUUUCCUUCUAAGUUUGUAUGGAAGGCUAAUACUAGAAAAUGGUUUCCAAGAAAAUCUCAUGUAGUUAUUGGCCGUAUUUUCUUUGUACCUCCAGGAUCAGGAGAAAUUUACUACCUAAGACUACUUCUAAAUUUUGUUAGAGGACCUACCAGUUAUGAACAAAUUAGAACUAUUGAUGGUGUUAUCUACUCGACAUUUCGAGAUGCAUGCUAUGCAUAUGGACUUUUGGCUGAUGAUAAAGAAUACAUUGAUGCUAUAGAGGAAGCAAGUCACUGGGGCUCAGGAGAAUAUUUAAGAAGGCUUUAUGCAACACUCCUGUUUUCUAACUCGAUGGCUAGGCCGGAGCAUGUAUGGGAAAACACACGGAGAAUGCUAUCUGAUGACAUUCUUCAUCGGCAAAGAAGGUUACUUAACAAUCAAGAAUUACAAAUUACAGAUGAAGAAUUAUGGGAUCUGACGUUGAUAGAAAUUGAAAAACUACUCAAGAGUUAUAACAAGAGCUUAAGAGAUUUUCCAUCAAUGCCAUUCCCUGAUAUUGAUACAAGUUUGAUGCAAAUUAUGAAUGGGGGAAACAAUAAGUUGAUUUCUGAUGAGUUUCGGUACGAUAAACGAAUUUUGACUGCUGAACAUGAAGUGUAUGUACAACAACUUACAAACGAGCAAAAGAGAGCUUAUGAAGAAGUGAUGACAGCAGUGAAUAGUGGGCAGGGUGGUGUUUUCUUUCUAUAUGGUUAUGGUGGUACGGGAAAAACAUUUCUUUGGAAGACACUUGCUGCAGCUAUUAGGUCCAAGGGUCAAAUCGUGUUGACAGUUGCUUCAAGUGGCAUAGCAUCCCUCUUAUUACCCGGUGGUAGGACGGCACAUUCUCGCUUUGCAAUACCACUCAAUUUGGAUGAAUUUUCAACAUGCAACAUAAAGCAAAAUACUCCAUUGGCUGAAUUAAUAAUUAGAGCUAAGCUUAUUGUGUGGGAUGAAGCUCCUAUGGUCAAUAAACUUUGUAUUGAAGCACUCGAUAGGACCAUGAGAGAUAUUUUGAGGUUCAACAAUAUUGCAAGCUUGGAACAACCAUUUGGAGGAAAGACAGUGGUUUUUGGGGGUGAUUUUCGACAAAUACUACCAGUAAUACCCAAAGGUAGUAGGCAAGAGAUUGUCAAUGCUACAAUUAACUCAUCAUAUAUAUGGGAUAGUUGUAAGCUGUUGACUUUGACAAGAAACAUGCGCUUACAAGCGGACAAUAGCAAUUGUGAAAACAAUGACUUAAGAGAAUUUGCUUAUUGGAUUUUAAGCAUUGGAGAUGGCAAAUGUGGAUCAUCUAUAGAUGGUAUUGAUAAGAUCAAGAUCCCAGAUGAUAUAUUGAUACAUGAUAUAUUGAUACAUGAUUGGGAUGAUCCUAUUAGUUCGAUAUGUAAAGCAACUUACCCUGAAUUAUUUUCCGGUUCAAGCUGUGUUUCACAUGUAAAAGACAAAGCCAUCCUCGCACUGACACUACAACUGGUAGAUGAAAUAAACAAUUAUAUGAUGAGUUUGAACCCAUCCGAAGCUCAGACUUAUUAUAGUUCUGAUACAGUUUCUGAAUCUGAAACAAAUAAUGAUAUUUUGGCAUCAAUUCACACACCAGAGUUCCUAAACACUAUUAGAUGCUCAGGAGUACCAAACCAUGAGAUAACUGUUAAGGUAGGGACACCAAUCAUGUUACUAAGAAAUAUAGAUCACUCAGCAGGUCUAUGUAAUGGCACACGAUUGGUUGUGUCCAAACUUGGAAAGCACAUAAUAGAAGCAAAAAGUUUAACAGGGAAAGGAGCUGGCCAAAAAGUGUUUAUUCCUAGAAUGACCCUAACCCCUUCUGAUCAUAGGAUACCAUUUAAAUUUCAAAGGCGACAAUUUCCUAUCAUGGUUUCUUAUGCAAUGACAAUUAACAAGAAUCAAGGGCAGUCGUUGUCACAUGUUGGUUUGAUAUUAAAAAAACCUGUAUUCACACAUGGACAACUAUAUGUUGCAGUUUCAAGAGUUACCAAUAAAAGAGGACUCAAGAUCAUAAUAUGUCAUGAAGAAAAAGAGAAGAAAGAAACAAACAAUGUGGUGUUCAAAGAAGUAUUUAGAAACGUUGUAUAAGUAGUUUUAUAAUGCGAGUACCACCCAUAAGGUAUGUCCCAAUUGCAUGCUUCUUAGUUCAACAUCCUCAUAUGUUUUUAAUAUAUGGAUAUGUUCUAAUUUCAUGGUUUUUAGGUGGACGUAUCAAUGUAUAAUUCUUGGUUGUGGGUUAGUCAAUCAAGUUAAAGGGAACAUAUAGGAUCAGUAAGGUAUUAAAUGUAGCAUUCCAUCAGAAUAAAUUCCAUUCGAACAUAUAUAUAUAUGACUUCGUAAAGAUAGAAGUGCAUUUUGUAAUGUGCAUAAAAGAAAUUCACAAUGAUCUCUAUAUGGGAUGGCAGACCAUCCUUAUAACAAUAUACCACAAAUCCAUCAUAAUUAACCUAACAGAUCAUUCUUUUUGCAGGUGAUAUUUUCAAACCAGAUAUGUUGAGUAGAAAAAGAGAGCAAGAAUCCAAAAAAUGACAUUUUGGAAUUAAAGUUCACAACCGCUUGCAGAAAUAGCUCUAAUCCUACUAUAUUAGCAAGUAAAUCAGUUAGGUUGGCAUUAAACAUGUGAAAAGUAUAUGCUCAGAUGUCGUUCAUUUGGCAUUAAACAUGUGAAAAGUAUAUGCUCAGAUGUCGUUCAUUCAAAUUCAUCGACAGAACUCAUGUCACAUUUAGUGAUUUUUUCUAACUAACAGUUAAAAAAGGUAGCAUUCUCUUUCUUUAUUUCAGGUGAAUUUCAUAUUAAACCCCCAGAAAAGGAGUCACACAAGUAGAACAACUAUAUAGUAUCCCCUCGAUCAAUCUGACCUCAAGAUGGUGCAUUUUGGUUUUUUAUGACUUCACAAGAGCAUUAGUUGGCCUUUCAUAAGUCAAAAGAUGGUGCAUUUUUAUUUUUUAUGACUUCACAAGAACAUUAGUUAGCAUUUCAUAAGUCGAGUCAUGUUAACUUUAGUGCGUGUGGAAACAGAAUAUAUGAAGUCUAAAUUUAAAAUUUGUUAGAACUGUGAGGAUAUAACUUUAUUAUCCAUUAUUUGAUAAAGUAAUUUUCUUAAAAAUGUCUUUUUAUAACAUUUGAGGCAAUCACUCUAUCAGAAUUUAACAUCCAUAAUAUGAAAAAAUUAUCUGUGAUUAUGCAGAAGACUAUCUAAAAUUUCAUAACAAUGUUACCGUUCAAGAGUAAUAUAUAUAUAAGUAAUAUAUAUAUAAACACCUGCUUGGCAAAAAAACGUGCUAGCAAACACAUACACUAAACCAAUGUUAAAAGGAGGGUAUAAGAUAUGUUAUAAU